CCUUUCGAGUUUUGUGCGCUGUGUGUGUCGCUAUAUUUCGGGCACAAACUUAAUUCGAAAUUACUAAAUUUAACUGGGGUUCAGCGGGCGAGCGAUCCAGGCAGACGGCUUCCAAAAUGACUGUUACGUAUCUAAUACCAAUAUAUCCCCCCGACAGUCGACUCACUUUCGAUUGGGAUGACAGUGUGGAGGCGUCGCUAUUGGUGGCUCUUGGCUUUUUAGUUCUCAUGCAACUGAUCCUUCUCAUUUACAUUGUGCUGGCCCACUUUCAGCCCUGCACCCUGUACCGGCAGCAGCUGAAUGAAAGCUACCGCCGCCGCUAUGGAAACUUUAUCUUUCGUCGGCUGCUAGCUCAACUCGAUCGUGCUUUUGGUCAACGACCCGAAGCCGGGCAGGAGCUCAGCUUUUGCCUAGAAGCGAAACGCAAUGCCCAGUUGGCAAUACGCCUGUUCUGCCGUGACUCUACCAAGGUACUCUACCCUGAGCACGAACUGGACUCAUUGGCAGCCAGUGAUGCCUAUUUUGUGCUUGACGACGAGGAAGCCGAGCUCAUUUCCGCAGGCUAUUACAGUGUCAAUUUCGAUGUAACGGAUGCAUUCCUAGAGAACCUAUUAUACCCCAAACGUGCUGAUAUCCCCAGUAAAAAAUCAAAAUCGUAAAGUUGUU